CAAACGUGGCCUGAGUGAACCGGCAAGAGAAGCACUUUCUCAUAUGGAGGCUUUGAGGGCUGAACCUGUUGCUGAAGGUGAGAUGCCAGCAUCCAGUGUGCACCUUGUGUCGAUGGUGCUGUCCCAGAGCAGCUCACACCAAUUCCUGAAAAGCGUCGGCAUCAAAACAUCGGCAACCUCCAAGGCAUCAUCAUCAAAUCAUAGUGAGCUUCGGGAACAACUUGCAGCUGAAGCGACGGCUGCUGUUCAAGGUGAACUCGACCAGCUCAGGAAGAAAUGUGAAGAAGCUGAGGAACAGCAGGCGAGGACACAAAGGGAGUUGGAGGAGUACAAGAAGAUAACAGAGAAGAACAGCAAGGAGAUGGAGGAGACCAAUGUGCUCAUCAAGAAGCUCUUGUCCUUGCAUGGUAACUGUUCUUCGACAUGAGGGC